GUCAUGAUUGUUACCAGUGAACGGUUUACCCUGAUUCUACUAUACGCAGUGGUCACAAUUCACCUGAACGACCUGGGACACAACGACAACCUCGUGUUCUUCAGUGAUCGCUACCAGUGAGUAGUCGCACUUCGUCGACGAAACACCAACUGGUAUCGUGGGAUUACAUUGGGCCAGGGUCUUGUUGGGACUUAUCAUUAAACGCUAUUAGAAUUUUUUUGCCUGUUAUCACCGUAAAAGUUAAUUAUUCGUAUGUGUCGAAAGAAACAAAGUAUGAAGUAAGAAACUUGAUUAACUAUUCUACUUUACUUCUUUAAUGCGGUGUACAAAAUACGUGUUUUGCAUUGGAUAAAAUCGAUAUAUGUUUUAUGUGUUUUCAUCAUUGUGGAUAUUUCGUUUUUACUGCUUUGAACCAUGAAUAUUUCUGAGGAUGGUAAACGUAAUCCUGGUUUCCUUGGGGACGAUGGUCUUACCGAGGUCGACCUGAAUAAGGACAACAAGAAUAAUGAUUCUUACGGAUUUGGAUAUGGGGUGCAGGAGAAGAAGGUGGUGCCGCAGCCGGAACAGAUGACAAUAACGGAGGGCGAUACUGAAGAAAGAGCCACUUGGGGUAAUGGACUGGAGUUUCUAAUGUCCUGCAUAGCAAUGUCGAUAGGACUUGGAAACGUAUGGAGAUUUCCGUUCACGGCCUAUGAAAAUGGCGGAGGUGCUUUUCUCAUACCUUAUAUAAUUGUUCUGUUCAUCGUGGGAAAACCGUUUUAUUAUCUGGAGAUGAUAAUGGGACAAUUCACCAGCAGAUCAUCCGUCAAGAUGUGGUCCAUUGCUCCUGGCUUUCGUGGUGUCGGCUGGGCCCAAAUGUUCUCCAUGAUUUCCGUUGGAACUUAUUAUUGCUCCUUGAUGUCAGUUACUCUGUACUAUCUGAUUGGCAGCUUCCAAUCAGAGUUACCUUGGUCCAAAUGUCAGCCGGAAUGGGGAGAUUCGUGUGUGAAUUCUGGAAAGAGCGAGAACAGUACUUCCAACGUGUCUCAUGAGAACGAAACUCUGAGAAGCUCAGCCGAAUUAUAUUUUUCGAAAAUCGUUCUCAAGGAAAAAGAUAAUAUCGACGAUGGCGUCGGUCUGCCGGAUUUGAACCUGACUAUAUGUCUUUUCUUCGCCUGGGCCUGCAUUUUCGCUGUACUAGUGCGAGGUGUUAAGAGUUCCGGUAAAGCUGCUUACUUCCUGGCACUUUUUCCUUACGUCGUCAUGAUAGCCCUAUUGAUAAGAGCUGUCACUCUCGAGGGCGCUAUCAAUGGAAUAAUCUUCUUUAUAAAACCAAAUUGGAGUAAAUUAUUCGAUCCGAAUGUCUGGUACGCGGCUGUCACGCAAUGCUUCUUCUCGCUGUCAGUUUGUUUUGGUGGUGUCGUCAUGUAUUCCUCGUACAAUAACUUCGAUCACAAUAUCUACAGGGACGCAAUGGUCGUUACUACUCUGGACACUUUCACUAGUCUCAUGGCUGGUUUUACGAUUUUUGGUAUUCUGGGUAAUCUGGCUCACGAAUUGGGGACCGACGACAUCAGUAACGUUGUUCGCGGUGGAACCGGUCUGGCUUUUGUCUCUUAUCCGGACGCUAUAGCUAAAUUUACCGUCUUACCCCAGCUCUUCUCGGUCCUCUUCUUCUUGAUGCUCUAUGUCUUGGGCAUCGGCAGUGCAAUCGCCUUGGCUGGUGGAAUAAUCAGCAUCAUUUCUGACCAAUUUCCCAAUUGGAAACAUUGGCACAUUGUUUUGGGAACUACGCUUUUUGGUUUUUGCGUAGGAACGAUUUACUGUACACCGGGUGGUCAAUUUGUACUGGGAUUGGUCGACUACUACGCAGGAUCAUUCAUCGUCUUUGUCCUGGCUACCCUGGAGAUCACCGGUAUCUUUUGGGUUUACGGACUCGAGAACUUCCUGGAUGAUGUGGAGUUCAUGCUAGAAAAAAGGCCCAGCGUUUACUGGCGAAUAUGUUGGGGCUUUAUGACUCCUUUACUCCUGGCGGCCAUCUUGAUCUACACAAUUGCCAGGUUAACGCCACUUACCUACGGUGGUGUUAUGUAUCCAUCUAGCGCCUAUGCUGCUGGAUGGACGCUUUUUGCUUUUGGUGUCUUGCAAAUACCAUUCUGGAUGAUCUAUACGAUCCUCACCAAAAAAGAUCUAGGAGUACCGGAAAUGUUCCUUGAAGCCUUCAGGCCCUCCAGCGAGUGGGGUCCUAGAAACGCACGACACUUGGCCGCCUGGCGGCAAUUUAAGGAAAAGGCGAAGAAGAAACGCGAGCAAAGAAACAGUUCAAGAAUCAAACAAUUCGUAUACGUCAUGUUUGGCUGCGAGAGCAAAUUACUGUGAUAAUCUCGAGUGGAUGAAUUUCUCUAUUCUUUUUCAUUUCCUUUAUUUUACUUUUUAGGCUUAGUUCACCAUAAUGCAUUUUCACACUCGCACUUUUGAAUGAGACCCUUUUUUUGGUCAAAUCAAGUCGCGCAUCUUAUGUACAUAAUCCGUACCUGCCUAGCUGUAGAUUCAUUUUUAAUAGUCCUUCUCAGUUACAUUAUCAGAAUUUACUGAUACAAAAAUCACACACAUAAUUACACGUAUGCAGUAGAUACAUUCUUCUCAUAUUAAUUUAACCUGUAAGCGCUUUUUUUCCACUCUCCACUUCACUCUGUUGGAAAGAAAAAAAAACUGAACAGUAUUGGAAGGAAUAAUGAUAAGUGAACAAUGAGAACGUUAAAGAUAGAGAAUAAGCUCAGUAAAGAAGAAAACAAAGUGGUAGAUGUAGAAAUGAAUCACUGUGAUUGACCAGGACGAUAUUUCGUUGCUGAACUCUUUUUAUCUUCUUUUUUUUUCUUCUAAGAAUUAUUUUGUCUUCGUAAUGACAAAGUAGCUUUUAACUUUUUACUUUUUUUUUCAGUGAAGAAAUGCAAAUACCAAAGACUCUUGUCUUUGUGACGGAUAACUUCAUUUUCAUUUUGUAAAACAAUUUUAUUAUUGACUACGUCACCGCGUGCGGUGGGCGAUUUACUUUAUGUAAAUUUUAUUUAUACUAAUUAAUUUUAAUUAAAAGAUAUGUUAAUGAGAGCGUUUCGUUGAUACGAAACAGCGUCCGACCUUAUUACCAGAAAAGUAUUCGUAGUUAGCGACGGAAUCGUAAAGGCAAUUUUCAUUGUCGCGACAUGCCGUUCGCCCAGCCGGAUAUUAUCGUAAAUUAUAGAUAAUUUAUAAGUCGCACGAUUGCACGGAUUAUCGUUAUAACGCCACUCUAUUUUUUCUCACUUAACAAAUACUUUUUUUAUUUUACCAAAAACCGUACCGAACGACAACGUUUCCCAGUUCAAUAAAGUUCUUCAAGCUUUUUCGUAAUUUACGAAAUUAAAAUCCUCAUUAAACUCUUCCGCUUCGUCGCGUUCAGGAAACUCGGAAAUAGUAUCGACCAACUGUUGUUCCUGUAAGAAUUUUGAAAAAGAAAAUAUACAGUCAAUAAAUUUUUAAAAAGAUGCUUUUAAA